CCUGACUCUCUUCAUCAUCUUCCAGUGCAUCCACUUUGGCAGAGUCCGCUUACAAUUCCUGGGGGCACCCGACAGUCUCCUAUCAAUAUCCAGUGGAGAGACAGUGUUUAUGACCCCUUUCUGAAGCCUCUGAAAAUCAGCUAUGACCCAACAACAUGUCUUCACAUCUGGAACAAUGGAUAUUCAUUCUUGGUUGAGUUUGAUGAUUCUACUGAUAGAUCAAUAAUCAUUGGAGGUCCCUUGGAAAACCAAUACAGGCUAAAGCAGUUCCACUUCCACUGGGGAGCUAUAAAUGAGUGGGGUUCAGAGCACACAGUUGACAGUAAAUUUUACCCGGCAGAGUUGCACUUAGUACACUGGAAUGCCGUUGUGUACCCAACUUUUGAAGAAGCUGUAAUGGAAGGUAACGGCUUGGCUGUUAUUGGAGUGUUUUUAAAGCUAGGAGACCAUCAUGAAGGGCUUCAGACACUGGUUGAUGCCUUGCCAGCAGUUAAACACAAAGACACCGUUAUCGAGUUUGAUGUCUUUGAUCCCUCCUGUUUGAUACCUUCGUGCCCUGAUUAUUGGACCUAUGCGGGCUCUUUGACUACUCCCCCACUUACUGAAUCAGUCACAUGGAUUAUUAAGAAGAAGCCAAUAGAGGUUGAUGAGAACCAGCUGGAGGCAUUUCGGAUGCUGCUUUUCACUUCAGAUGGUGAAGAAGAAAAGAGAAUGGUAGACAACUUUCGCCCACUUCAGCCAUUAAUGAAUCGAACUGUCCGUUCAUCCUUCCAAAGCAGGCAUCUCUUGAAUACCGAAGUACAGCCCAAGGACCACACUGAGCAGAUCAGGCCAUAG